AUGGAAGGCGCAAAGAACUGGUACAACAAGCAAUACGAGUCGUGGGUGCCGUGGAUUGAAGACAAAGUCCUCGGCUGGUUUGGGGAGAACAAGACCAGCUAUGUCGCCAAAGAUAACCUGGGCAAGACCAAAAUCACCGGCGACGAGAACGUAGACGCCAUCCAGGACGACGUUAAUAACGGGGUAGGCGGGCAGUUCGGCAAGGGUGGCUUGCUCGAAGGCGUAGGCAACCUGACAAGUAAAGAGGUGCUCAACCGGGGGGAGAGGAAAGGGAAGAAUGAAAAGGGUGGGUAUGGUUUGUGA